UGGACUCUGGUGGAAAUAAACAGAGAUGGUGUCUCAUUUGCCCAUUGUAUGGCAGACAGUAUAUGCUGUCCAUGCAGGUGUGUGGCAGUGGGAGUGAUGCUGUGAAACGUGGGAAACUCCUCUCACAUUCCCAGGACUGAUAAAUACUCCCUCCCUGCUCGGCCGGUCCUGGCUCAGAGUGGCCAUGAUACUGCAACAGUGGUGGCAGAUUUUUGCUGUGGGGUGCAUUUUCAUAUGCACCUCCAGCCAGUCUGUUCCUCAGAAGCGACUGUGUGCGUUCCAGGUGACUCCUAAGAACAACAGAUACAGAACUGCUGGCAACGUGAGUGGGUCGGUGCAGCUCUGUGAGAACACCCAAUGCUGCGUGGGCUUUUUUCUGAUGAUCGAUGGCCAGCCAGAGGUUGAUGUUCUCGCUUGUGACAUGGUUGAUAAGUCUUGCCCACAUGCAACCUGCAAGGCACAAACACGCCUCAACGGUCGCUUUAUGAAGUGUUUGUGCAACACAGACCUCUGCAACAGCAACAUCACAUGGAGCCCGGAGUCGGAAGAGCCUCGGCCUACCUACUCUAAUCCUGUAGAUAACAUUGGGAAAGCUGCUGGAAUAAUUUUGACUGGAACGUUUGUAGUCCUGUGCUUCCUGCUGAUUGCUGUAGCCAGAUGGAGAAGAAUAAUUCAAAUGAAAAAGAAAAAUCCACCUUCCCUGGAUGAUUUUGGCGGCUCAUUACUGUGUUCCUGCCAAACGACAAAAACCUCAGAGAUAGACAUCAGCAACAUUGAACUGCAGCAGAUUGUGGGUUAUGGACAUUUUGCCACUGUUUGGCAGGGGAAAUGCCAGGGAUCACUGGUGGCAGUGAAAGAUUUCCCUGCUGGCCGAAAACAUCAAUUUACAGCAGAGAAGGAGGUGUAUGAGCUCCCACUGAUGGAGCAUGAUGGGAUUGUCCACUUCCUGGGAACUGGGAAGAAACUGGAUGGAGACAGUUGUCUCAUUGUCCUGCAAUAUGCUGAAUGUGGUUCUCUUCACUCCUAUCUGUGUAAACACACAACCAACUGGAUGUUGUCACUGAAGUUGUGCCAAUCUUUAUCGCAGGGACUUUCUUAUCUCCACUCCGACCUUCACAGACACGAUCUGCAUAAACCUCCCGUGGCUCACAGAGAUCUCAGCAGCUCCAAUGUGCUUGUGAAAGCAGAUGGUACCUGUGUCCUCUGUGAUUUUGGAUGCUCAACCAUCCUGCGUUCUUGUUCAGGACAUCGCCGCUGGCAGAGCCAAGCAAGAAACAUGGAGGGUCAUGCUCGGUUGGGCACGUUGCGCUACAUGUCCCCUGAGAUCCUGGAAGGCUCUGUAAACCUGAGCAGCAGCUGGUGUCUCAUGCAGGGGGACGUCUAUGCUUUGGGACUGCUGCUGUGGGAGAUCUGGAUCCGCUGCUCUGAUUUAUGUGAAGGCGGCAUUGCUCCACAGCAUCUGUUGCCUUAUGAAUCUGAGCUGGGAGCCAAUGUAACACUGGAGAGCCUCGUCCAGUUCGUGUUUCACUUGGACAUGAGACCCUCCGUACCCAAACACUGGGAGUUACUACCACAGGGAUUUGUGCUGCAGGAGCUCCUGGCAGAUUGUUGGGACUGUGACCCAGAUGCUCGGCUGACUGCUCAGUGUGUUGUAGACAGGUUAGUCUGUAUUCAGUCGUGCCACUCUCCAUGACUUUUUCUUCUUUUGUUUUAAUAUGACAUGUUGUAAUCUACAGAUAAAGGAUUUGCUCUGUUCAGCUUGCAUCACUACUGUUAAGGUUUUCAGUAUACUUCUGCCUUCUUCUUCUUCUUGACUUGGACAUUUUUCUAGUCCUCGCUUUAUUUCCUUUAUAUAUAUUCAUAAGCAUGUCAGUAAUGGCAUAUUGGAAACACAGUUUUUGAGGGAGAAAGUUUUCUAUGUAUUGUUAACUGCUUAGUUUGCAAAGUUCUAUGUAACUAUGUGUUCAUAGUAAAAAAAGAUUAUUUGAAAGAUAUAGAUACUUACCAGCUACUACAGUAGGUACAUUUUUGCAGAACAGAUGUUUUUUAACUUGUUAUAGCAGAUGAAUCACAUGUGGUGCGAAUACCAUUAUCGAUGGCUGUCGAUGAAAAUGAGUGUGAACCCUGCAUUGUGCAUGCUCGCUCACUGUCACACUGUCAUGAUUUACUGAGAAACUUGAAUUGAACCAAAGCAUUGUUAAUGUUAUUAGUAAAACAUUUUCCUACUAGUCUGUGAAAAAGGCUUUUAUCUCAAACCCUGUAGCUAACUUACCUACAUCUAACAGCCAUCACUUUUGCUUUUCCUGUCAUUGGUUUGGUUCUGUACAGUUAUUUUGAUCAAUACAUUUUGUUUGGCAGAAUAAUGUUUAUUAAAGCUGUACAAACCCCUGUACUGAAUGCCUAGCUGUUUGAACCACUGUGGAUCCAUAUUGGCAUGGCUUUAUGUGUGACUAUGGAGUAUAAAUCAGUACCACAACUCCUCAUGCCAAACUAUUUUGAAACUUGUGUGUUAUUAUUUUAUAUAGACUAUACUAGAAGACAUGCUAUUUUGUGAUUAUACUGGUGUAUUAUCGAAAUAUGAACUGUCCUAUAUCAGGAUAGAAGGUUUUGGCCAUAAUGCUCACCCCUGGUUUGUAAUUUAAAUAAUAAUUGUGUUCAAUUACCAUCAUUUAAAAUUAAACUCUUGAUUUAUCUUGUAAACACAGUGCUUCUGAGAUUCAAUGA